AUGACGCUGUGGGAACGCAGCGGAGACACGGUGCGUCAUCAGAUCUGCCACUCCAACGAGCGCCAGUUCCUGCGCGACCUGGUGCAGUGCGUGUCCGGGACCAGCGGAGGCCGCCUGGCGCGCUGGCUGCAGCCCGACCCCUACGUGGACACGGCGCGGUGCUCGCUGCUCUACGCCAAGGAGGACCUGCGCCAGGGCUGGCCCGCCGUCCUGACUGUCGUCACCCGGGACCAGUAUGGCGACGUCGUGCACGUGCCCUACCUCAAGGUGGACGCCAAAGCACUCCCCAUCGACAAGAGGGACGCGGGCGACGAGUACACCAGGAAGGUCCGUCGCGUCAGCGAGCCGGACGAGCACACUUUCGGAGGCCAGCCGUACCCGUCCCUGGACGUACCCUACGAGAUCACCAUCAAGGACAAGACGUACUGCCACGCUAUCACCAUGAUGAAGGCUUACGAGAACUAUUCUUUCGAAGAGCUUCGCUACAUUUCACCGGCAGUGAAACGCUCCAGUGAGACAAUGCUGGUCAGACCCCAUGGAAAUGGUACUUACAGCGUCACAUGGACCCCCGCAAGUGUGGGCUGGUACUCUCUAGUCAUUACCAUUGACGGGUACAACAUGGAUGAGAUGCAUAAGGUCGAAGUCAAAGAGACCCCCCAGGGCCUUAUUCCACCGAAACAAAGCACAGUACGGAAACAACCCAAUCAGCCCAGUAGGCUUCGCAAAUUUGUGGCUAAAAAGAGUGCUGGGCUUCGCAUCAGAGCACACCCUUCUCUUCAGAGUGAACAGAUCGGUGUAGUACCAGUCAAUGGUACUAUAUCUUUCAUUGAUGAG